UGAGCACUAAAAACAUCUUGCCUUGUCAGUGAUUUAUCCGACCAAUAUCUACAUAAAUAUAUACUCCCUCUUAUUCAAAAUGUAAAAAUUCUUGUUCAAUUAAUUUUGGUUUAAAAUAUAAGUAACCUAGCUAGUAUACAUAAAAAAAUUUCAUUUUACUCAUUAUAUUUAUCAACUUUAAUAUUUUUAUAAAUAUAUUUCUCACUCAUCAUAAAUUAUAUUAAUAAUUGGAACUAAAGAUAAAAAAAUAAUAUAUAUUUUGAUGAAAAUAAAAACUUUAUUAGUAUACUAAUUUUUAUUAAAAAUUGUUUAUAUUUUGAAGGAGAGUGAGUAUAUAUUAGACUCAUAGCCACAAGCAUAAUCGAAUAAUUACCUAGGAACAUGGAGAGAGACAACGUAUGCUACCACGAAAGCAGCUUCGUAGACGGAGAGGGAAAGCUUAGAACCUUGAAAAUCCCAGUGGCUCAAGAGCUUGCUCGCCGAGGACUGACACAAUUGCCUCAUAACUUCAAGAGGUUCCACCAUCCAACCCCAACCCCAACUGCCUCCCACCCUAUCCCCACCAUCAACUUAGCCAUAUUGAACCAUGCCUCCCAGGCCAUGGCCCGACCACAAGAGUUAGCCAAGUUAGCCCAAGCUGCUCACCAUUUUGGUCUCUUCUUGAUCCUAGAUCACGGGAUUGCGAAGGAAGUAGUGGAAGGAGCAAUAGAAGCAGUGAGAAAGUUCUUUGAGUUAAGUUAUGAAGAGAAGAAAGCCAGCGUAGGAACUUACAAUGACGUAGAUAAUAUGGGGUAUGGUAGAAACUUCACAGUAAAGUCGCAAGAUCAAGUAUGGGAUUGGGUUGAUCGUUUGACUCUAAGAGCACAUCCUCCUGUUACUCAUCAUGAGGGAAUCCAUGUUUGGCCUCUCAACCCAUCCAAUUUCAGAGAAGCAGUGGAAGCAUAUGUGGGAGAUGUGAGAAGAGUGAUGGAUUCAGUACUUGUGAACUUAGCAGAAGCUCUGUCACUUGAAAACGACGAUGCGUUUCUCAAAUACUUCAACCCCAAAGACAGUGAGAUCAAACUCAGAGUUAACUUUUACCCACCAUGCCCUUCCCCAGACCUAACCCUGGGUCUCAAUCCUCACUCGGACCCAAGCGCUCUAACCCUCCUCUCGCAGUUCGGCUCGAGCCGUGGCCUGCAAGUGUUCAACAAGGAGGACCGAACCUGGCUCACUGCGUCAUGGCCACAGGACCAGUUGCUGGUGAUCGUGGGAGACUUGCUCGAGAUCAUGAGCAAUGGGAAGCUCCAAAGCACAUGGCACAGAGCUGUUCCUCUCAGGAACGUCGAACGCGGCUCCAUUGCUUUGUUCUACACGCCACCACCAACAACCCUAAUUGAGCCUCUUGUGGCUUCCGAUGACGAUCAGGAUGAAGCAUACAGGAAGGUGGUUGUGGAGGACUAUGUCAAGCAUUACUACAAGGUUAGUCCUACUGUGGAGAAAAUGGCUAUCAACUUCGCUAAGCUCGAGUAAUUAUGUGUUUGAUCCAGUGAACUAUACCUCAUUUUCUAGCAGCUAAUUAAUAGAGAUUUGUAUGAGUCUGUUGUUUAGUCCAACAGUACGUGGACAGAUUAAUAUGUGUGGGUCUUUGAUGUCCAUAUAAGAUAGGCUUCCACGCUUCAACCGACAAUCUUCAAAGAGCAGAGAUAAGAUCAUCAGAGGCGUAUGAUAAGGAGUCGAAUGGCAAUCGUCCAGCUGCUCCAAAGUCUGAAAUGGUCCAUGAGUCUUUAUUAUAAGUUGUAGAAUUAAAUAAGAUUUCUCAGAAGCAUCAAGAACGAAUUAUGUUUUAUUCACUCGGUGGGAUGUUUAUAAAAUACUCAUUUUUAAGUA